AUGCCUCAAAAUUCCCGAAACGAAAAAGAUCGCAAAGCAACCAAUUUCACCACAAUGUUGCGUAAAUUACAAGCUAUAGGAAUAUUAUUGAUACUAGUCAUACUAGUAAAAAGUUCUACGGCGGAUCUUGUUAUUACCGAUAAUGUUGCAAAAAAUUCUGCAAAUACAACAGCCGAAAUAGCCACUGAUAGUGGUUACCCUAUACAUCAAGUAUCGAUGGUUAUUCGUGGAUGGCUUGUCCCAUUAGAUUACCUACGCCUUCACUGGGUUGACUGGACUCAACAGUCAAGAUGGUACGAAGACAUCGACACCGACGGUCAUGAUUGGUUAACAGUGCAAUAUACAUCCCCAUCCUGGGCAGCAGGAUACUACUACGAAAUGUCCUCGUUUUAUGGGAACGGAAACACGGCCACUAUACUUUGGUGGGAUGGUUGGGUAAAUGGAAUAUAUUGCAAUGAUCUUCAUUUUUAUAUAAAGAAGGUUUUUACCUACAAGUGUAACCGUAAGACGGAAAUAAUCUGGGGACAAAAUUGUAAUUAUCCACUAUAG